AUGGGACCGAUGGCGGACGAAGAGUUUGUGGCGGCACAUGCCGUGAAGGUGAAUGUUUUUCACACCAUCGACUAUUUGCUCCAGUACAGCCAAGCAAUCCGUGACGGUGUGGCAAGUGGAGAUGUGGAGAUUCAAGGCAGUGAAAGUAUGUCAGGGUUGGAUACGGCCAUCAUCCGUUUGGACCAAGGGAACUCCGCAGCCCGCAGUGGCAAACUGGGGGUGCGCACGGGCGAAGACACGGCCCUAGAGCCGGAGGAUGCCUUGAAGCGCUUGAUGGAAGGAGAACCGCGGGCCACCGCCACCUCAUCACCAAUGCGAAAGGCUUUGGUGAAGCAAGGACAAGCGCCCCACACAGCGGUGGUGGGGUGCGCUGAUUCUCGAGCACCUUUGGAAACCUUGUUUGAUAUGAUGCCUGGUGAGCUCUUUGUGAUCCGCAAUGCGGGCAACACGGCCACGCAUGCUGAAGGCAGCAUGGUCGGCAGCUUGGAGUUUUGUUGUGGAAAGCUGGGAUCGCGUCUGAUUCUAGUCCUAGGCCACACGCAGUGUGGUGCCAUUGUGGGGGCGACUGGGACCUACUUGGCCAAUCAGGGGAAGCCCACCAUGAAGCCAGGCGAGGGAUACCACAGCUCAGGGUGGAACAGGGUGGAACAACUGAACGAGACACGUUUCUUUCGAUGA